UUCAAAUGGCUCCAAAGGGGAAGUCCGUUAGCACCGAGGCUGGCCCGAGCAAUCCCAAGCGGGCAAGGAACAACAAGGCACCCGCGGCCUCCUCCACCAUCUUGCCUUCUAGCCGGUUUGUCAACACCAAGUGCUAUGAACGGUACUUGGAAUCUAGGGACAACGAUUUCGUUGUUGAGAAGACGGUGUCACAACCUAUUGACCACGAGUACCGGCUCACCGAGGCCUUCGCUAAUAUCGAUUGGGAGCCGGUGCUACAUCUUGACGGCACCUUCUACCCGGAGCUCGUCAAGGAAUUUUUCGCAAAUAUUGAGGGAAAUGGCCCCCAAAAGAUGAUUGAGAGUCGGGUCAAAGGGGUAAAAAUCACUAUCACAAAUGACCUAUUGAGAUCUCAGUUUCACAUCACCAACCACGGCAUUCCUUUCGCCCCUUCCCAAGCCGGAGCAAUGAAUAGCGACGUUAGCUACAACCCCUUGGAUGCGAUGCAAUAUUUCGGCUUGCAAGGACACGAGCUUAUGACCAAGAACCUUGGUCAAUCACACAUCCGGGCCCGGCUUUUGAUGUACCUCUACUCAUUCAACGUCAUGCCGAGAGCAAGUGGGUACAACAAAAUUCGAAACGCCGACCUCUACUUCGCGUAUAGGAUGCUUGCCGGGCUUGGACGUUGUGAGGGGAUUCCUCUAUCAAGCAUCAUCAUCAAACAAUUGUGGAGCGCGGCUUUGAGCAACAACCAAGAUAAGGCCUUCAUUUUCCCUAUUUUACUAUCUAACAUUUUUGAGCAUUUUGGUGUUAGCUUUAGAGGGGAAGAAGAACG